AGAGCAGCAGGACACACAUCCCCUGGAGGAGGGCACGGUUGGAAUGAGCCCGAGCAAGUAAAGGUCUGGAUCAAAGGCUGGUCACUUGCUGAAGUCAACUCCCUCCUACCCUUUGACUCUUGGUCAAGAGCUGUGCUGAGCUGGCCACGGCGGGGCUCGGGGACACUCGUACCAACACAGGGAAAGCAUCAGGACUCCUCCUGCCUCUGCUAAAAAUGCCCACUGUGGAUGACAUUCUAGAGCACAUCGGGGAAUUUCACUUCUUCCAGAAACAGACGUUCUUCCUCUUAGCUCUGCUCUCUGCAGCCUUCACCCCCAUCUACGUGGGCAUCGUCUUCCUGGGCUUCACCCCGGAUCACCGCUGCCGGAGCCCCGGGGCGGCCGAGCUGAGCCGGCGAUGCGGCUGGAGCCUGGCAGAGGAGCUCAACUACACGGUGCCCGGCGCGGGGGCCGCCGGCGAGGCCUUCCCCCGCCAGUGCCGCGGCUACGAGGUGGACUGGAACCAGAGCGCCCUGGGCUGCGUGGAGCCACUGGCCGGCCUGGCCGCCAACAGGAGCCACCUGCCGCUGGGGCCCUGUCGGCACGGCUGGGUGUACGACACGCCUGGCUCGUCCAUCGUGACCGAGUUUAACCUAGUGUGUGCCAAUUCCUGGAUGCUGGACCUGUUUCAGUCAGCUGUGAAUGUAGGAUUUUUUAUCGGUUCUAUGGGUAUCGGCUACCUAGCAGACAGGUUUGGCCGUAAGCUCUGCCUCUUGGUUACAAUCCUCAUAAAUGCUGCGUCUGGAGUUCUCAUGGCUGUUUCCCCGAACUAUACAUGGGUGUUGAUUUUCCGCUUGAUCCAGGGGCUGGUCAGCAAGGCAGGCUGGUUAAUAGGCUACAUCCUGAUUACCGAAUUUGUCGGGUUGAGCUACCGGAGAACAGUGGGCAUUGUCUACCAAGUGGCCUUCACCGUCGGGCUCCUGGUGCUGGCUGGCGUGGCCUACGCGCUUCCUCACUGGAGAUUGCUGCAGCUCGCUGUCACUCUGCCCAACGUCUGCUUCUUGCUCUAUUACUGGUGCAUACCAGAGUCUCCGAGGUGGCUGUUCUCCCAGAACAAAAGUGCUAAAGCCGUGAGGGUCAUUAAGUACAUCGCAAAGAAAAAUGGAAAAUCUCUGCCAGCCUCCCUUCAGAGCCUCAGACCUGAUGAGGAAGUUGACGAGAAGCUGACUCCUUCAUUUCUGGACUUGGUCAGAACCCCCCAGAUAAGGAAACACACUUUGAUCCUGAUGUACAACUGGUUCACUGGCUCUGUUCUGUAUCAAGGCCUCAUCAUGCACAUGGGUCUUGCAGGGCGCAAUAUCUACUUGGAUUUCUUCUACUCUGCCCUGGUGGAAUUCCCAGCUGCCCUCAUCAUCAUCCUCACCAUUGACCGUAUAGGUCGUCGGUAUCCAUGGGCUGUAUCAAAUAUGGUGGCAGGGGCAGCCUGCCUUGCCUCGGUUUUCAUCCCUGAUGAUCUCCAGUGGCUAAGAGUUACAGUCGCGUGCUUGGGUCGAAUGGGGAUUACGAUGGCCUAUGAAAUGGUUUGCUUGGUCAAUGCAGAGCUGUACCCCACGUUCAUCAGGAAUCUUGGUGUCCUUGUCUGCUCCUCCAUGUGUGACAUCGGUGGCAUCAUCACGCCGUUCUUGGUCUACCGGCUCACCGACAUCUGGCAUGAGCUCCCGCUGGUGGUUUUUGCUGUGGUUGGCCUGGUGGCUGGGGGACUGGUGUUGCUGCUCCCGGAGACCAAAGGGAAGGCUUUGCCUGAGACUAUUGACGAAGUUGAAAACAUGCAGAGACCAAGAAAAAAUAAAGAAAAGAUGAUUUACCUCCAAGUCAAGAAACUAGACAUUCCCUUAAACUAAGAAGAGAGACUGCUCUUGCCAUGGCCUUGCUGUGAUGAUGCAAGUCCAGACCACAGAUUUCUCCAUCCAUCCAUCAACCUCAUUCCCCUUUGAACCCUACUAACCUAGAUCUAUAGCCAAAUAGAGUUUGUUGUCCUACUGUAUUAAAAUCUUCCCAUGGGACCAGAUCCUACCAAACCCCACCAGCUCACUCCAUUCUCAGCAUUCCUAGGACAAUGCUAUUGGUGUGCUGGGAAUUGUUUUCAUCUUUGUAUUUCUUUAUUUUAUUCUUUUCUCCACAAUGAUAUCAAACCAAAACACAUAGGGGAAUUGUGGGCCAGAGAAAUGAAAUAAAAAAGAUCUGAAAAACAAUUAAGUGGGAGCAGAGAGCCUGUUUUCUUAAAGAUAUAAUACAGUUAAUAUCAAGUUGUCUGGAAUGUAUGUCAGGAACUUUAAAUUGGCCUUUCAGUGUCAUGCGUGAAAAAAUUUUAAAAUACAUUCAUUAUUAUCUGGGUUAGACUUUUAAGGAGCCUAAAAUAAAACAAUCAGAAAUACAACCUGAGUAAUCACUAAAUCUGCUCUAUUUAGACUGGAUGAGUACAAACGUGUGCUUUCUAUGAAAAAUCUUGA